AUGAACUCGCCGCCGAAUUCGAUUCCUCGCCAACCCGACUUCUCUACAAUCUCUGAUUCUCCAAAGCCGCGAAAUGACGGCCCUCAUCCACCAAAACCCCCUGAUAAGGACAAUGCCCGCCCCGUGUCCCGUCACCUUAUGGUUCCCCCGUCUCCAUCCUCCUCCAACAUCUCUCCGCUUGCCGUCAGUUCGACACACGAGGCUGAGCUAAUAAGAAGUAUCGAGGAUGGCGAUCGCGCGACAGAUGACCUUGACGAGACACGGAGUUUGACAGAGAGUAUACGGCAGCAUAUAAUGGAUGGCAAUUUGCGUUACCACAGCUAUAGACAGGGCCGGUACCUAUUCCCCAACGAUGAAGCUGAACAGGAUCGCGAGGAGCUCAAACACAACUUGACCGUGUAUCUGUGUGAUGGCAAGCUGUUUUUUGCGCCAAUUGAAGAUCUGCUUGAAAAAGGCGCCGAGGUGCUCGACCUGGGAACGGGGAUUGGAAAAUGGUGCAUUGAUCUUGCCGACAACUAUCCAAAAUCGCAAUUCCACGGCAUGGACCUUUCUCCGAUACAGCCUGACUGGGUUCCCGAGAAUGCCAUCUUUUUCGUCGACGACAUAGAGCAUGAAGCUGGCUGGACAUAUCCAGAGGGAACAUUCGACUAUAUCCACAUACGGCAUGCCGUACACUCGCUCAAGGAUAGAGAACUAGUGUGGGACCGCAUUUGGAAACACUUAAAACCAGGAGGUUACGUGGAAGUACAGGAGUUCCAACACAUAGCAGCUUGCGACGACUCUUCAUGCGACGGCCCCUAUGCGUGGCGCGACUUCAUGAGCUAUCUUAGAGACGGCAUGGCUGCUCUCGGCUCUGACAUCGACGGUAUCACCCAUGUUGAGCGCGAGCUCUACGAAGCAGGCUUCGAGAAUAUCACAACCAAGAACUACAAAUGCCCAGUAGGCCCAUGGGCCAAAAAGCCACGGCUUCAAGAGUGCGGUCAUGUUAUGCGCGAUAUUGUGAUGUGGGGUCUCGUUGGUCUAUCUCGACGACCGUUCCGCGAUGGCCUCGGAUGGACAUUAAUCCAAAUCGAGAUGUUCCUCGUUGAAGUCCGCAAGGCCUUAAUGGAGGAUGUCAACGGAUUGCCCAAGUAUCACACCUAUUUCCCUUUUACCAAUAUAUACGCUCGAAAGCCCCUGGAACCGUCAACUCAAGCCGAGGCAAGCGCUUGA